UGUGUGUGGGGAGGCGUUAUUGUUGGUGUCGACGACCACCGUCGAGCGCUUUAGGGAAGGAAGACUGACAGUUGGUGACGUCCAGUCCGAGGCGCAGCUGUGGAUGCAUCUGGCACAGAAAAAACCGGAGAAGGUCUCUGACAGAAGCAUGGGCCAGCAUCUAGGAAAGAGAGAAUCACCAGCUGGCAGCAAGGCUCCUUCACCUGAACCAGAAGCAAUGCAGGCAGCAGCAGCAACAGACGAACCGGAAUCACAAGAUGAAGUCUUUGGCCUCGCCGAGGCAGAUGCCACCCAGAACAAUGGCUGCGACUCGGCGAAGCCGGCGGUGACUGACUCCACGGGCGCUGAGGGCCCCCGCCAGCCCUGGCCCGACGCCAGCACAGCUGACCCUGACGAAGCCACGCCACGCCCCCACCUGGCCCGCCUCUUCUCCCGAGAUGCCCCGGGGCGAGAGGACAACACCUUCAAAGAGCGGCCCUCCGAAUCAGACGAGCUGCAGACCAUCCAGGAACACAGCGGAGCGGGUUCAGAGUGCGGCUCAGAGUCCCCCGAACAGGAUCUAGAAUAGGC